CAAAGAUCUUUGCUUAUUACUAUUAGUAUUAUUUUUUGUUCAGUAACUGGGUUCCGUUUUGUUGAAACUGCGUAUGUUUUCUUGUAUGACGUCCAUCGUUCAUUUCGUUAUCAUGUAAUUCAAAUGUUAUAGGACAAAGCGUUCAGUUACAAUGUCGACAAAAAGGACAAUUGAAGAAUGCUCCAUCGUAGGAGAUUGUGUUGCACAGAAGAUAAAACGGUCCGGCGAUAAUGCGAGCACUUCUUCAGGAGCAUCUACAAAUACAGACGAUGUCGCUAGGACACAUUUGUCUUCAGUUUACACAAUGGACGAGCUUCAGAACACAUUCAAGAAUGCUUUGGGAUUGGGGAAAAGCGUAAGCCAUGAAUGUGGGGCAGCACUAUCUACAAUACCAUUUCCUUGCUGUGUUUUGCCAAAAUUCAUAGACUCGGAUACCUUUUUGGAAAAUGUGAAAAAUGAACUCCUUGAUCAGGAGUUCCAUCUAAAAAGCAAUGACUUGUAUAAGUUUCACCAGACAGCUGACCUAAAGGAGUGCAGUAAACCACAUAUAGAUGCACUUAAACAGCUGUUGUAUGAAGACUUCAGAAACUGGUUGAUAAAUGUAACUGGAAUUCCACUGAAUCAAACAGUGGACAUGAAUUCAUCAAGAUAUGACUCCACAGAUGUGCUGCUAUGUCAUGAUGAUAAAUUGGAAGGUAGAAGAAUAGCGUACAUACUGUACCUCGUUCCACCCUGGACAGAAGCAGACGGAGGCUGUCUUGAUUUAUUUGCUGUUGAUGAACUCAAAAGACCAGAUAAGGUUGUCAAAUCACUAGUACCAAGCUGGAACACAUUGGUCUUCUUUGAAGUCAGUCCUGUAUCUUUUCAUCAGGUUGCAGAGGUGCUGUCAGAGGAUAAAACCAGGUUGUCAGUAAAUGGUUGGUUUCACGGGCCUAAUAUCGAUCGACCAGAACAGUACACUGAGCCGGCACUAUCACUUGCCCCGUACAUCUCAUUGGAUGUGGAUGUAUUACAUGACUGGCUAAAUCCAGAUUACCUGGACAUGGAAACGCAGCUACGAGUGAGAGAAACCUUUGAGUCAGACUCUGAGAUUGAACUUCCAAGAUUUUUUAAAGAUGAAAAAUACCAAGAGCUGUUGACUGCCAUACAAAGCAGUGAGUUAACUUGGGAGAGAAGAGGCCCAGCAAAUAUAAGGAACUAUGAGUCGGCAGAUGAGAGUAGUGUGCCAGAAGUUGUGCGACAGUGCCUGCAGCUGUUCCGCUCGGAUGCUAUGUUUGUUACGCUGAGUAACCUGACUGGUUUGUCUCUGCACGAACUAUGCCCCAACAGUGAUGAUGACAGUGAUGGUGGCAGUGGCAGGGAUGAAGAGAAGGAAAAGGCUGUAAAAGACAAAACAGAGUCUCGUCCUCGAUGCUUUGGAGAGUUGAGGCAUUGGCAACAAGGUUCCUACACAAUGCUUACGGAUACAGAAGCUGAAAACGCCGACUUUGCACUGGAUGCAUUCUUUUUCUGUAAAUGUGAUGGGUGGAAGCAGGAGUUUGGUGGAUUUACGUCAUACAUUGCAAAAGACGAAGAUGAAGAACUCAUGACUGUCAACCCGGAAGAAAACUCCUUGGCACUAGUCUAUUGUGAUAAGCAGACUUUGCGCUUCAUUAAACACGUCAACCACAAAAUAACUACGAAGGAGGAUGGACAAGACUUCUAUGAUAUUGCAUUUAUGUAUCUGGAGUAGCAUUUCUGUACGCUGCUAAAUAUCUUUCUGUGCCAUGAUCAUACACUCUGUGCACUAAUACAAGUAAGCUUGAAAACAUGCGUGUGUGUUGAAUGGUGGAGUGCUAUUGAUUCGUCUGAGCUGCCCAUUGCUUAUUUUAUUGACUUUCUAUAUGCUUCCUCUCAAUGUAAGUAUGAGUUGCGUAACUUGCACACACCGCUCGAACUGUUGCGUUUUAUCUCAUUUCUGUGCCUUUCUUAAGCCACGUGAAUGUUUAAUAUUACCGUACUACAAUUAUGAUCUCUACUCAAACUGCACAGCAUUUAUAUGCAUGACACCCAG